AUGGGGGAGGAGGGCAGCGAGGGGAGGGGGGCCCCGGCGUUGGAGGCGGACAAGCCGCUGAAGUGCUCGGUCUGCGCCAAAGGCUUCAAGUACCGCUACGGUCUGCAACGCCACGAGUGCACCCACCGCUCCGAGAGGCCCUUUAAAUGCCGGCACUGCAACAAGGGCUUCAAGCACUCCUCGGGGCUGGUCAACCACCAGCGCAUCCACGCCCAGGAGCGGCCGCACGCCUGCCCCGUCUGUGCCAAGACCUUCAAAUACCGCUACUGCCUGGCGCGGCACGAGUGUGUCCACACCCAGGAGCGGCCGCACGCCUGCCCCGUCUGUGCCAAGACCUUCAAGCACCCCUCCGGGCUUCUGAAGCACCAGCGAGUCCACACCCGCAGCCGGCCCUUCGUCUGCCCCGUCUGCGGCUCCGGCUUCACCCACCCCUCCGUCCUCCGCCGGCACCAGGUGGUUCACGCCGAGGACCGGCCUAUCCGAUGCGAAGACUGCGGCCGGGGCUUCUAUUACCCCUCGGCGCUCAGGAAGCACCAGCAGAGCCAUGGCAAGGCUGGUGAGCGGCCCCCAUACCUCCGCACCUACCGGCCCCCCGACGGCAGCCAUGGUGCCGGGCCCCCCGACCUCAAGCCCUGCAAGUGCUCCGAGUGCGGCAAGGCCUUCAAGAAGUCGUCGGACCUGGUGAUGCACCAGCGGGUCCACACCGGCGAGCGGCCCUACGUCUGCACCCUGUGCGGCAAGGGCUUCAAGCAGCCCUCGGGGCUGAUCCGUCACCGCAUCGUCCACACCGGCGAGCGGCCCUUCAAGUGCUCGAUCUGCGAGAAGAGCUUCACCAUCCUCUGCACGCUCCGCAAGCACCAGAGGCUCCACACCGGGGAGAAGCCGUUCCAGUGUCCCGAGUGCGGCCAACGCUUCACCCAGUCUCACCACUUGGUGUCCCACCGCCGCAUCCACACCGGUGAGAAGCCCUUUGUCUGCCCGGUCUGCUCGAAGGGCUUCAAGCAGCCGUACCAGCUGGUUGAGCACCGGCGGGUACACACCGGCGAGAGGCCGUUCCUCUGCACCGUCUGUGGCCGUGGCUUCAUUCAGUCCUCCCACCUCAAGACCCACCAGCACUUGCACACCGGGGAGCGGCCGUUUAAGUGCGAGACCUGCGGCAAGGGUUUCAUCCUCUCGUCUCACCUCAUCAAACACCAGCGCAUCCACGCCAAAGAGAACUACUAACCCGGUGGCUGGUCAGCCUAGAGACCACCGGACAGAACCAAAACCAAGAUCAUUGCUAACCAGCUAAGGGAUCAUCAACUGGGACCAGAACCUAACCAGAGAUCGUCAGCAUUGACCGGAACCUAACCAGAGAUCGUCAGCAUUGACCGGAACCUAACCAGAGAUCGUCAGCAUUGACCGGAAACUAACCAGAGAUCGUCAGCAUUGACCGGAAACUAACCAGAGAUCGUCAGCAUUGACUGGAAACUAACCAGAGAUCGUCAGCAUUGACCGGAACCUAACCAGAGAUCGUCAGCAUUGACCAGAAUCAAACCAGUGAUCACCAGCAUUGACCAGAAACUAACCAGAGAUCGUCAGCAUUGACCAGAAACUAACCAGAGAUCGUCAGCAUUGACCUGAAACUAACCAGAGAUCGUCAGCAUUGACCGGAACCUAACCAGAGAUCGUCAGCAUUGACCGGAAACUAACCAGAGAUCGUCAGCAUUGACCGGAAACUAACCAGAGAUCGUCAGCAUUGACCGGAACCUAACCAGAGAUCGUCAGCAUUGACCAGAAUCAAACCAGUGGUCACCAGCAUUGACCAGAAACUAACCAGAGAUCGUCAGCAUUGACCAGAAACUAACCAGAGAUCGUCAGCAUUGACCGGAACCUAACCAGAGAUCGUCAGCAUUGACCAGAAUCAAACCAGUGAUCACCAGCAUUGACCUGAAACUAACCAGAGAUCGUCAGCAUUGACCGGAACCUAACCAGAGAUCGUCAGCAUUGACCGGAAUCUAACCAGAGAUCGUCAGCAUUGACCGGAACCUAACCAGAGAUCGUCAGCAUUGACCGGACCCUAACCAGAGAUCGUCAACAUUGACCGGAACCUAACCAGAGAUCGUCAGCAUUGACCGGAAACUAACCAGAGAUCGUCAGCAUUGACCGGAAUCAAACCAGUGAUCACCAGCAUUGACCAGAACCUAACCAGAGAUCGUCAGCAUUGACCGGAAACUAACCAGAGAUCGUCAGCAUUGACCGGAACCUAACCAGAGAUCGUCAGCAUUGACCAGAAUCAAACCAGUGAUCACCAGCAUUGACCUGAAACUAACCAGAGAUCGUCAGCAUUGACCGGAACCUAACCAGAGAUCGUCAGCAUUGACCGGAAGCUAACCAGAGAUCGUCAGCAUUGACCGGAACCUAACCAGAGAUCGUCAGCAUUGACCGGACCCUAACCAGAGAUCGUCAACAUUGACCGGAACCUAACCAGAGAUCGUCAGCAUUGACCGGAAACUAACCAGAGAUCGUCAGCAUUGACC